AUGCUGAGAAAUCUCCGAUCCCGGCGUCACACCCGUCACGGCGUGUUCCUGUGUGUUGUCGUUUCGGGUCUCCUUCUGUUGGUGUGCGGCUCUGUCUCCCUCCUCCUCCACCGCCGCGCCACCAUCCCCCACCGCUCGCACAAUGCCAAUUUCGAUUCCCUCCUCUCCGAUUCUGUCAACGACGACUUCAUCGCUGGCGAGGAAAACAUCGACACAAUCGAUGCCCUCGACGUGGUUGAGGAAGAGCCGGAGGAAGAGCCUGAGGACGCCAUUGACGCCGACGCCGACGACGAGGAGCCUUUCGAUCAGAACCCCGCUGCGUCUGGGUACUUCUUCCAUCACGCGGAGGGCGUGAUCCGCCGGGCCAUCAGCAAGAGCUCCUUUAUGAACAACGACGACGACGGGCCCUUCGUGGGUCCGGAGGAUCGCAGCAAAACCGCGUUUGGCUCCGAUGACGUGGCGGUGGACGAGAAGGUGCGGUUAAUGGCGUUCGAAGUGAAGGGCGUUGAGGACGCGCUUUUGUUGAAGAGCAUUGGAAGGAGGGUUUCACCGUUAAGAGAAGGUUGGGGCGAUUGGUUCGAUAAAAAAGGUGACUUUUUGAGGAAGGAUAAGAUGUUGAAGUCUAGUUUGGAGCGUUUGAAUCCUCUGCAUAAUCCCAUUAUUCAAGACCCUGAUGCUGUUGGUGUCACUGGGAUCACCAAGGCUGAUAAAAUCAUUAAGAAUUCCAUGCUACAUGAUCUUAAGAGACUUCCCUUUUCCUCUAGGAAGAUCACUCACCAAUCCAAUUUCUAA